CAUUUAACAGAGGGACAACAAAAUGUACGGUGUGUCAACUCAAACGAUUGUCAUAAAACGUACUCUUUGGCCGACUUCAAAGAGAAUCUGCUUACUCUGAGUCGAGAGCGACAAAAAAGGUGAAAUGAGAACGCUCGUGUCUGUGCUUCGCCUCCCGAGAGGACCUGAUCCGAAUGGCCGCGGAUUCGACCCGAACUCACCCCGUUUCAUCGCGCUGUGUCCAACUACUAUUUCAGCUUCGACUUUAACAGGGACUGACUCUGUCGAAAUUGGGGAAGAGCAGCGUGCACGGUCGGCUUUGAGAGAAAGCUUUCUGAGAACGCUCAUAGCCAUGACCAAUAAGCAGGUGCAAUUCCACAUGUACGAGAGAGUCAAGGUUGAGGCGAAGUUUGGAGCGUCGGAUAUUGACGUGCUCAACUUCCAAGUUUCGGAACUACAGACCCCCAUUGGGGUACAGAAAGAAGCUCUGCUCAGGUGCCAGGAUGUAAUUUCAUACUCCUUUGAUCUCUGAACAGUGCUGUUCACCAAUUUGUGCUGUUCACUUAUUUGUGAUGUUUUUGAACAGGUAUCCAAGAAACUGAAUCUGAUUUGAACUGUUAUUUCUAAUAUGAUUUCGUUUCACAUACAGGGUGAUUUGGGGAGUCAAUGAUAACAGUUCCAUUGCUACACAGGGUGUUCUGUCUGGCCGAAUAUGUAGGAAGAUGUUUCCAUUUAUUAUUGUGUUACUUUGAGUAAGAGGUAGACUUGCCAUUGCCAAAUGUUAUUUUUAUGUGGCCAGCCAGGUAUUGAGAACACUGUGAUAUACAGUAUGUCUGAUUUGUUUCAUAGUUUCCAAUUCAAUGUACAGCCACUGGAGGGAGAUGUCAGCGCUGUCUUUACAACAGGCAUGUCAGGGGCCACCUAUACCACCAGGUUCUCUGACCCUUGGCAGUUCUCAGCUGUCCAUUUCAUUAGGAAGAGAUGAGGAAACAUGUCUCCGUGUGGAAUUUGGAUGUAACUGUCUGGAAACCUGAAAAUCUUGGUAUUAUUCCUUGACUACAGGACAAUGUGGUUCUUGUCUUGUUCCUUUUCAUAAGAUCUGUUGCUGAGAUAUGUUUGUUUACCAAUGAAGCCUAAUACAUUGUCAAUGGGCAUAUGCACUUAAUCUUUGUUUUGUUGUACUUUUAAUAAACAUUGUGUCACUUGAA